AUGAUGAACGAGAGCACAGAUGUUGCGGCUUCGGUGAGCUCGGUAAAACCGGCCAGCAGCCACAUUUCUACCUCACUGCACGAACCGGUAAAAUUGCGCAUCGGCGAAGAGGGUGUUACGGCUAGGGAGCCACAGAAUAUACCACAAUUUUUUCACGAUUGUUGCAAGCUUUAUGCCGAUUCACCGGCACUAGUCUACGCUAAUGAGGCAUCGCCAACUGUCAGCUACAAGGAAUUCGAACGUCGCGUGGAGCAAACCGCGCUUAUGCUGCUGCAUGUUGGCUUACAGCCACGCUCGUCCAUUGGCAUACUGGCUUUCAAUUGCCCCGAAUGGUUUUAUGCUGAGUUUGCUGCUUUGCGUGCUAACGGCAUAGUAGCCGGUAUUUAUCCGAGCAGUUCGCCGGAGGCAGUGCAUCAUGCGCUGGAAACUUCGCAGGCGUCUGUUUGUGUUGUGGAUGAUGCGCAGCAGAUGGCAAAGGUGCGUGAAGUGAAGGAGAGAUUGCCACAGUUGCGUGCGGUUAUACAGUUGCAUGGCCCUUUCGAAGAUUUUGUGGGCACAGAGGAGGGCUAUUAUCGCUGGGCUGAUAUGCUGGCAUUGGAGUACGACAAUGAGCUGCGGGAAGAACUGGCGCGGCGUGAGCGUGCUGUUGGCGCCAAUGAAUGUGCGAUGCUGAUUUUUACGUCGGGCACUACGGGCCUCCCCAAAGCUGCAAUGCUUUCGCACGACGCCAUCAUCUUAAACUCUAAGUAUAUCACCUCAGAAGUCAGCCGCUUCCGUAAAACCGGUGAAACUACAGUCUCCUACCUACCUUUGAAUCACGUUGCCGCACAAAUUUUCGACGUCUACAUGGGCAUAGGAAAUGGUUCGUGUAUCCAUUUUGCCGAUCGCGAUGCACUUAAAGGGACACUCCUGAAAACAUUUGCCAAGGCGCGUCCCACAAGCGUUUUCGGUGUACCGCGCGUCUUUGAGAAGAUACAGGAGUACCUAAAGCAACUCGAAUCAACCUCGUCUAGAUUUGCGCGUUACACAUUGGAUUGGGCACGUCAAGUGACUUUAGAGUACUAUUUGCGCAAAAAUGAGAAGUCAAGCUCUUUCAAAUUAUGGUUGGCAUCAAAGAUUACGCAUCAAGUUAAGCUCACUUUGGGUCUCGGUCGGUGUGAAUGGCUAGUCGUGGGCGGUGCGCCUGUUUCAGAGGAAAUGAAAAAAUUUUUCCUAAGUCUCGAUAUGCCACUUGCGGAAGCUUAUGGACUCUCUGAAAUGGGUGGUGGCGCGGUGGUUAAUUUUAAUUAUGCCAAUUUGCAUACUUGUGGGAAAGUACUAGAUGGCGUGGAAAUAAAAAUUAAUAAUCCCGAUGUAAAUGGCCAAGGCGAGGUCUGUCUUCGCAGCCGGUCCAACAUGAUGGGUUAUCUCAAUGAGUUGGAAAAGACACGUGAAAUCCUCACAGAAGAUGGUUGGUUGUUAACCGGUGACUUGGGGCAUUUGGAUAUCGAGGGUAAUCUUCAGAUUACUGGCCGAAUCAAAGAGUUGGUCAUAACAGCAGGUGGCGAAAACAUACCACCAGUACAUGUCGAAGAUCUGGUUAAAGCGGAAUUACCUUGUGUUAGCAAUGCCCUGUUGGUGGGUGACCAUCGCAAAUAUCUAGCCAUACUACUGACGUUGAAGACUGAUAUAGAUUCGCGCACUGGCAUGCCCUUGGACGCACUACAUUCGGAUGCCGUUGCUUGGCUGAAGAAUUUAGGUUUCAACUAUACAAAGUUAUCGGAGGUUUUAAAUAUACCAGCUGACUGCAGUGAGUACGAUGACGCCACUGUGUUAGUGAAGCCCGAUGCGAAGAUAGUGACGGCCAUAGAGGAAGCCUUGAAACGCGCCAAUACGCGCGCCCUGUCUAAUGCGCAGAAAGUACAAAAGUUCGCAUUACUGCCGCACGACUUUUCAAUACCCACUGGCGAAUUGGGCCCAACACUGAAGUCGCGUCGUAAAGUAAUACUACAGAAGUAUGCUACUGUUAUAGACCGCAUCUACGGGUAG